UAAUUUCGAGUCCAUCUUAAUGAAAGUAGGUACCUAAUUAUAGUAGAUACUGGCUAGGUCACCAUCAAGGUGAACCGUUGGUUUAACACCCAAUGGUUCACCAACGGAUCUGCAGUAGAUGGGCACCAUGCAUAAAUGACACUAAACCAUUGUACAAAGUUAUCAGCCCAGAUGAUAUCAUUGACAAAAUUUGCGGCUGACUUACGCACCAUAUAAACACUAAUUUCAACUUUUGGCUCUUAAAAGUUUGUUUAUAUGAAAAUAUUAAAAAUUUUAUUACAUAGUUCAUAUUUUGAAACAAAUAAGAAUGACAAAGGAAUACAAUUCAAACAGCAUCUACACUCAUCAAGUGAGAAUAAUAUUGCUCCCAUACCUUUUACGUAUUUUCGUUUUCAUAAUAUAAGUAAACAAGUUAACAUCAAGUGCUUGCCAGUUACCGUUAAUUACAGUACAAAAGCCAAAUCACAAAUCGCCGACAGUGCAAAGCUGCAGACGUGUAACUUGUUGUGCUUAUAGUGAAAUGAGUGUCCAGUGACUGUAGUGCUUCCAUUCUAUAAGCUAAAACUUAAAUGUUGAAUCUGGCAAUAUUUGACUAACUCUGUCAUCUGCCAUUUGUCAUCAAUUUAAAAAUUGUGUCAUUUGUUGUCAGUCGUUCCAACUCUCAAAUGGCGUUAGAGGUGCAAUGCGGUGUUUCUACGGAAACGCAAAGACGAGAAUCAUGAUUAAAAUGUAUAAAAAAACUUUUAAAAAAUGAUUACACCUGUGAGUUUGUAGUGCUCGAUAAAACUAAUUAUUCUAUUUGAAGUGUGAUAGUAAUUCGUUUAUACUAUUUUUAAAUAGUAAUGUUGCGUCGAGUUAACUUUUAUUCAAUAUGUAUAGCGUUCGGUCUCAGCGUACUGUUAAUUCUUGCUGGAAGUCGAUAUACAGAUAAUACUUACUAUCGUCCGUCCCCUGAAAGUCGUCGAAUUAUUGAAAUAAAUAUACCGCAACAAAUUCCUACUAAUGCUUACGAUGGUUUACCGAAUAUCGAUAAUAUAUUGGAGAAAACACGAUUCAAAAUUCAACUUGAGUUACAAAACUAUAAUUUCACCGCUUCUGGUGUGGAAAAAUUAGAAGACUUGAUUUUGGAGUCAGGUGGGCAACCAAUUAGGAGUGUUAUAAUAUCCACAUGGAGAUCAGGUACCACUUUCCUUGGUGAAGUCCUUAAUUCAGUACCUGGAAACUAUUAUCACUAUGAACCUCUCCUUAAUUAUGAAAUAAUUCAAAUAAGAGGUGCCCCACAUGCUGACAGAGCAUUAAAUAUGAUAACAAAAAUGCUUAAAUGUGAUUAUGAUGGAAUGGAAGAUUAUUUUGAAUAUGGGAAAGGGCAUCUUCAUCAAUUCAGUCACAAUACAAGAUUGUGGGACCAUUGUAAAUAUAAGAAAGACCUGUGUUUUGAUGCAGACUUCACAUCAAAAUUUUGUAGACUCUUCCCUUUUCAAAGUAUGAAAGUGGUACGAGUCAGGUUACGUCUCAUUAAACAGUUAUUGGACAAUAAAGAGCUUAAUAUUAAAGUGGUAUUAUUGAUACGAGAUCCUCGUGGAGUCAUGCAGUCGAGACAACAUCGCAACUUCUGCCAGCCUUCACCAGACUGUUGGAAGCCAGAACUUUUGUGUGCUGAUAUGAUCAGCGAUUAUGUUGCGGCUAGCCGGCUACUUCAAGCCUACCCUGAUCGUCUCAUAGUGCAACGUUACGAAGAAUUAGCAUUAGAUCCAAACAACACGACGCCCCGGCUGCUAAAGUUCCUAGGUAUCAACCCGACAACAUCUGUCGAAGAGUUUCUCGUCUCACAUACAAAUGUCGAAGUGUCCGGCGUCAGUUCCACAUUCAGGGUUUCCCGCGAAGUGCCUUUCAAAUGGAGGAAUGUACUAGAUUUCAAUUAUGUGGAAGAAAUACAGAUGGCCUGCAAGGAAGCAUUAGACUUAUGGGGAUAUAAACUUGUCCAAAAUGCAACUCAUAUGACCAGCAAGGAUUUUUAUCCUCUAGACAAUUACACCCUCACUCAGUGACUUAUCACUACAUCUAAGAAAGGAAUUGUUACUAUUUAGUGUGUGAAGAAUAUAAUACGUUUUUUUGUAAGAUCAACCUAAUUAUAAAUAUUCAAGGAAUUUUAAAUGUAAACUUUAAUUUAUGAGACUAAAGGUACACAUUAACAGCAUUUAUUAUAUUUAUUUCGGAUAUGGCUAAUAAUAUCAGUAUUAUUUAUUUUUGUGUCAUUUCAAAAUUAAAAACUAGUUAAAUUAUUUUGUUAUAAACGCCCUGCAAAACGAUUCUAAUUGUAUCUGUAGUUAUUUUUGUGUAAAAAAUAUUUAGUUUGUUAGUCUGGACAAUUAUACGAUUUAUGUAGGUUUUUAAAUUAUAAUCUGUAGCUGUUCCAGUAAUAUAUUUUAUUUAUUUAGCUGUGAAUGUAAUGUAUUGUUGUAUUGUACAAUAUAUUGAAAAUUUUAUUUUCUUAAAAAUCUUUUUAAUCAGAAUGUUGAGUUUAUCAGUGAUUCACUUUUACUUUGUAAUCAUCAUAUUAUUGUCCAAGAAUGUAUAACGGCUUUUAUAUUAAGUUCUACAGAAAUGUCGAUGAUAAUGCAAGUAAUAGCAACAGACGAAUAUUCGUAGCAAUCGCUAAGAAUGUGAAUGAAUGCAUAAGGACUCUUUUAAGUUCAUCAGGAUAGUUUGUUAAGUUUAACACGAUAAUAAUUGUUUAUACUUAUUACCCGUAUUAUAUGAUAUCAUACCUAAGGAAUCCUGCUGUGGUAUACUGGAAUUAUGUUUUGAUAUUGUAUAAUUUUUCAACGAUAUUUAUAUUGAAGGGGCGUUAGUUUUGCUAGCGGUCAUCAAUUGCAAACAAUUUGUACUCUUCGAACAAAUAAAUUAAUUGAUAGGAGAUCCAAGCAUAUUUAGUAAUGGAAACGUGUUAAAUGUAUUAGUGCCUUUACCCACAAUAACUUCGCGACUCGGCUUUUAAACAGUUAUAAAUAUUUGCACACGUUUAUGCAGAAAUAAACUAUGCGAGCGAUUUCUGAUACACACCAUAAGGGUAUUUUGAUUAUUGCGACAUGCGGCAAACGAUUGUUUAUAGAAUGGUAGGAAUUCAUUCUUCUUUUAAAAUAAUUAUGUAGAAUGUAACGAAGAAAUUGUUUAAAAAAAAAAAGAAACAAAAGUCCUGGUUGUGUGAAACGCCGUAGGUGUUGAAUAUCAAAACGUAAAAGAUGGACCAUGCAUUAGAGGUUAAAAUUGCUUGAUCAAUAAAAUGUAGGUACGGUAAAUUAGUGAGAUUUUAAAAACAAACAAUUUUUACCUCUUACACUUUCACAUUGUUAAAUUAAGGCUUAGUCGACUAAUAAUAAUUUUAGCACUCACGGAAUUGAAUUGUAAUGCUUCCAUUAUAGUUGUCUUAUUGUAGUUUAGAUAGAUAUCGACAUCUUACAAUGUAGACUGAUAUAUUAUAAUGUCACGAUUGUAACUCAGUUGCUGUGAGCUGGCACACCGGUGUGUCUAUCGUACAUAUAUUAGUACUAUAACGAAUAAAAUAUUGACAGUCGUAUACAAACGGACAAUCCUGGCGUUAUAUUAUAAGUGUGGUAUUUUUGCACGAUUAUACACGACUUUUGAGUAUGGAUUUUGUGCGAAAAUACGCUUGCAAAGCACGAAAGAUCUGAAUUGUUAUUGCAUAUCGUUAAUAAGCUUACAUUAUAAUAAUGCUAUACAAGCACAAUGCAAGUAGGGACACGAACAACCGCAAUAAAUUAUGCUUGUUAAAUCAUUUGAUGGGCAUUGGAAGGGGAACGCUUAAGAGAAAAUGUGAUCUCCGUCCAGAUAAAUCGAUUGUGUUAUUAUAUGACAGUUCCUGCUGUGAAAUAUAUGAAUGCAAAUGCAUAACGCCAAACUUGUACAUUUAAGCUUUUAUAGGAUAUAGGAUAACUGUUAUCCGUACAGAGUUGACAAUAUUGCUGAUGAUUUACUCACACUUCUUUGUUUAAAUUGAUUUUGUUUUUCGUUAUUCUUUAAUGCAAAGCAAUGGACUAAUGACGGCUGUAUUAAGCCU